CGUUUCUACCGGCAACGCGACGCGUCGGACUUGCUGGGAGUGGUGGACUUCUCCGUGCCGGGGGCCCAGGUGUUCAGAUCACAGCUCAGUAUUUCUUCAGUCAGUGAUCAAGAUGCCUACAGAGCAGGAUUACAGCCAAUUAGCCAGUGGAAAGCCUAUGGCCUCAAUGGGUACCCAGGGUUUAUUUUCAUACCAAACCCUUUCCUUCCGGGCUGCCAGCGUCACUGGGUGAAACAGUGUCUCAAGCUCUACCCCCAGAAACCAAAUGUCUGCAACCUGGACCUGCACAUGGCUCCUGAGAAGACCAUUGACCUGUGGGGACAGAGCAAGGAGCAGCUGAGAAGGAAAGGUUCCGGUAAACGGGAGCCCAGAAGCUUAUUGGAGAAGCUGCGCUGGGUGACCCUUGGUUAUCAUUAUAAUUGGGAUACUAAGAAAUACUCAGGAAAUCACCACACUCCUUUCCCCUCAGACCUUGCGUUCCUGUCAGAACAAGUGGCUGCAGCCUGUGGGUUCCGGGGUUUCCAAGCCCAAGCAGGGAUCUUGAACUACUAUCACUUUGACUCCUCACUGGGAAUUCACGUGGAUGAGUCUGAACUGGACCAUUCUCGGCCCCUUUUAUCAUUCAGUUUUGGGCAAUCCUCAAUAUUUUUGCUUGGGGGCCUGAAGCGGGAAGAGGCCCCAACAGCAAUGUUCAUGCACAGUGGAGAUAUCAUGGUGAUGUCUGGCUUCAGCCGUCUGCGGUACCAUGCUGUGCCCCGCGUCCUCCCCAGCCCUGAAGGGUCAGCUUUGCCUUCGUGCCUGGACCAAGCACUUUCUUCAGACCUCCCUAUUGGGUCAGUCAUUGAGCACAGCUCUGAUGAGGAUUGGCAGGUCUGUGCCAAGUACUUGCAGUCUUCCCGCAUUAAUAUGACUAUUCGGCAGGUGUUGGCUGAGGGUCAGAAAUUUCCAGAGGAAAAUGGGACAAACAGAGAGGGCCAAGCACCCUCUGAAAACAGUCACUGUCAGGAGAACAGCAGAGCCAAGAGACAUAAAUCAAAUGCAGACAGCUGA